CUGCCCUCCAUUCCCCGUCACUGGAAACCCUUCCUCAUAAAAAAAGACACACACACACUUCCUCACACACUGCACGGCUCUUCUGCUGCUGCUGCCAGAUGAAAACCAAACAGUGCCCAGCCCACUUGCGACAUCAACUACUCUCCUACAGAUUUUCUGGACCGUAAUCACUCCAAACCCGGAUAUGCUUCUUCUGCGGGGAGAAAAAGCAACUUAAGCGUCCGAGUAGCAUGAGAGAGGCGCGGCGGCCGAGGCGCAGGAUAUACGGAUCGAGGCGGGGGAGCUGGUUCUGCUUUUUGUUUUUCAGGACGACAUACGGGCAUCAUGAGCGGAAUGAAAGUUGAUGAAGACGAGGGAACAGUUGGUGAAGCUUUCAGUCGCCGCAUCUGCUGAGCAGCUCCUCGCAGACUGGCUGCUGCUGAAGUGGAGGUGCAGCUGCUCCGGAGAUGCCGCACCCCCAGGGCAUACUGCUCUGUCUGGGCAUGCUGCUGAUGACUGCUGGGGGGGUCAUUGCCCUGUGCGUGGACGUGUCCCCCCACCACUCUGCCGCACUAUUUGUCGGACUGUUCCUGGGCCUGGGGGGCGUGGCCAUGAUGGUCAGUGGACUCUGCAUGGCAAUGAAGAAUGUCCAGGUGGCAGUGCCCGGACACCACCUCCUGCACCCCCGCACAGGCACGCGCUUCAGCCCACAGCAGGCCCUGGCUAUACAAAGGAGGUUGGACCGAAUUCGUCGAGAGAUGUCAGAGGACUCUGUCACCAGGGUGCCAGAGCCUGAACCCUCCCUCCCAUCAACCCCUCCGCCCUGGACUAUGGAGCCGCCUCCAUCCUACGACACAGUGAUGAAGAGCCAGGAGCACAGCAGGCCGGACAUCUAUGCUUUGUGUUAGUGCCUUUUAUCUUCGGGUUUUCAGCGGGAACUUUGAAUGAGCGGUGUUAUGAGGUGCUGCGGAUGAACUUGCUGCAAGGGGGCCUCUUCUGCGCCUUGAGACAGCCACCCUGAACCCAAACACAAGUCAAGAAGCAGGACGAGACUGCAGCUGGUUAAAGGCUUAAUAUUUGUACAGACUGAGCCCCAGUGUCACCUCUGUGUUGCGACUGAUUGGGAAAGGAAUGGGAAAUGAUCAUUCGAACUGCUCUGCUCUCUAAACGAAGGGCCUUUCUUGAAACCAGAAUUAUGUGAGUUAAAGGGAUACUUCACCGAUUUAGCAUUCAGCUUUGUAUCAGUAGAAACCCGGUAGUAUUUCUGAAUGGCCGUGCUUCCCUCCCUCAUGUCCCCCUAACACGACAGAUCUCUGCAUUGGGGGUCUGGAAAAAAUCUUCCGAUGACGUAAAAUGACGAUUUUUGCGUCAUUGGAAGAUUUUUUGGCCAGAGGCAAAGGACUACAGCCAAUAGUAGGAUCUACUUCCGUAUGUUUUAA